AUGUUCUGCCCUGUAGGAGGGGGAUCUGGCUUCGUUGGACGAGAACUUACUCGCCUGCUGAAAAACAAAGGUCAUGAGGUCACAGUGAUAUCUCGCCAGCCUGGCCCUGGGAAAAUAACAUGGGGGGAGUUGGAGUCUGAUGGCCUCCCACCAUGCGAGGGUGCCGUCAACCUGGCUGGAGAGAAUCUAAUGAACCCUCUACGAUGGUGGAAUGAAAGCUAUAAAAAGGAUUUAUUCUCCAGUCGUAUUGACUCUACGAAAUCUCUGGCUCAAGCCAUUGCUGCUUCCCCCAAUCCUCCUCACUCCUGGGUCGUGGUAUCGGGAGUAGCUUGUUACAAGCCCAGUCUGACAGCUGAGUACACAGAAGAGAGUGAAUGGACACCAUUUGACAUCCUCUCCAAACUGGUGAAGGAGUGGGAGGGCUCGGCUCUUCUCCCUGAUAACGUGACAAACACCACCAAACAAGUCGUCAUCAGGGCUGGGGCAGUUUUAGGCCGUGAUGGUGGUGCCAUGAAGCAGAUGCUGCUCCCCUUUUGGCUCGGCCUGGGGGGCACCCUGGGGUCCGGACGGCAGCCGUUCCCCUGGAUCCACGUCUCGGACCUGGCAGGACUCAUCGCCCACGCUCUGGAGCCCCCUGCCGAUCCCCCCUCGCCCUCACAACAAGUGUUCAACGGUGUGGCGCCCAAUCUGAACACCAACCUGGAGUUCACUAAAGAGCUGGGCCGAGUGCUGAGGAGGCCCACCAUCUUCCCUGUGCCUGCCUUCGUCAUGAAUACCUUAAUGGGCUCUGAGAGGGCCGUGGUCCUCAUGGAGGGCCAGAAAGUCAUACCAAAGAGGACUCAAGAGGCCGGCUUUCAGUACAAGUUCCCAGAUCUGACCUCAGCCCUGAAAGAGAUCGUUGGGAGUUAACAGAUGUUGAAGGAAAGGGCUGAUGAAGAACUUUCUGUAAAUGUGUGCUCAUAUUUAAUGGAUUACAAGAUUUAAACAAAUGGUGUCAGCUCAAAUCAAGGAUUCCUAGAAAAUAAGACCAGUUAAUAAAUGUGAUUUUUCCAGUUUGUACAUAUUAAGCAUUAAAAAAAGAUAUCACUUACUCGGCACACAAAUACGGGUGUGCAUACAUCACUACAUUGCAAAAAUGUAAGGUAACAUUUUGAACUGUGGUCUUUACAAUAUACCACUUGUCUUUGUGUUUCCCAUUCAGUGGUGUUUUUGAACUUCAGAAUGAUUUCAGUAAAGUGAUAAUUAUCUGUGAGUUUCAUUCUAAAAUACUGAAGCGCUCAGAAGGGAAACCGUCAAAAUGGCAGAAUACUUGUUACAAGACAUGGGUUCAGAUUUGUUUAAGGUGUUGCACAAUAAAGCAGUUUAAAGUA